CAGUCCUUUUGGCGACAUCGCACGUCACAGUUUUAGAAUGGCCGGAAAGUGGACUCCUGCAAGACAUCCACUUACAGUUGCACUGAUUCUCCUGAAUAUUCUGCAGCUUUCACGUGGUCAGGUUUAUGUGUCAUUGAGAGCUCCAUCACUUGGUGUCAGUACAGCAUACACAGUCUACUACCUGAAUGGAUCAAGUACAGCACAGGUUGGACAGUUCUAUUUACCAGCAUGCCGUGCUGAAGGACUGGCUACUGGUGGUAAUGGUCAAUAUAUACGACUGACUAAUACUAAUACCAGUACAACUGUAGCUGAACGGGGAGCAUUCGAUCUUACACCUGCCGCCAUUGCAACACUACUCUGGAACACCUCGUCACAUGACACUCUGGACCCAACCUACACUGGACUGUACAGGUGUACUUCAGAUGUAGGAGAUGCACCACGGACAUAUCAACUCAAUGUUGAACGGGUUUGCUCCUGA